CUUUUCGAAGUACCCUGAAAGAUGGCUGCCCCCAUGGAUUUGGAGCUGUUGACGUCAUCGGACGCAGAGACGACAUUGAUUGCAGGAAGCCUGGUAGAUAUUGGCUGCUGUCCUCGAUGUGUUCUGCGAUAUCUUGGGGAGAAGAGGCCAUGGGUGUACAAAGCAAAUCAAGAGGACCUGCGGAAGCUCGUAUGCAAGCUGUGUGAGGAGGAUGACCAGAGCACCUACGGCAGCAGUGGAACUACUCCCUGUCCGGUGUGCCUGGGAAUACUGGAGGACUUCUGCUGCACUGACUUCCUACAGAAGAUCAAGCAGUGCGUGGACAAGAAUGGCUAUGAGUUUGUCAACUACCAAUGCUCACUGUCGCUGCCAGUCUCCAACAUCCUCAGAGAGCAUGCUCUUACGUUACACCUUGGGAACAAAUUUGAUUAUGCAUAUCAUGGUUUGGAUGACGAGGCUAUCCCAUCAGUGAAGGACGUCUGGAAGUGGUUCUCUGGCCCAGAGCUGUCACGGAUACUGGGAUCAUCAUUCCAGCUCAAAAGUCAGUUUGAUAUAUCGGUCAACUUCACACACGACGAUGCAGAGAGAGAAUGCAACUUCCUCCUUGAUGUUCAACCUCACAUUUUCCGAAGACGUAAAGUGAAAAAGUUUGACUUUGAGACAUUCACAAGAACUAACGUGGCAAAAGCUGUCCGAGAAAUCAGUGAUGGAAAGUUUCAGGAGUGCUACACAUGCCCCCCGGCCCGGCCAGCCAACAAGUGUCGGUACCAGCUGGGCUGCUCACAUGAAUCUGUCUUUAUAGCAGGCAGAUACAACAAGUACAGUCGGCAUCUGAGUCAGACUCCAUGGAUUGUCGAUGGUGGCCGCAAGUCGGAGACGUCGGUCCAGGAACUCCUGUGUGAGAUCAUCCUGGACAAGUUCAAGCCAACAGAUCACAAGUUGUCGUCGUCAGGAAGAGAAGAUGUAGAUGUCCGGAUGUUGGGGACAGGUCGGCCUUUUGUCGUGGAAUUGAUCAAUCCACAUGUGGUGAAGUUCUCAGCUGAAGACUUGAAGACGAUACAGCAGGACACCAAUAGUCUAACCAAGGAUGUAGCAAUAUCGGAUCUGCAGAUAGUACCCCGGGAGGACACGGCCAACUUGAAGGAAGGCGAGAUUGAGAAGAGCAAGACAUACAGCGCCCUCUGCUGGUCUGAGACCGAACUACAGCAGGAACAACUCGACAAGCUUAAAGAAUUAACGGACUUAAAACUGGAUCAGAAGACACCACUAAGAGUUUUGCAUAGACGGCCUCUAGCUUCUCGUUUGCGGGUGAUACACAACAUGCAUGCUGAGAAGGUCAACAAGCACCACUUCCGGCUGUAUCUGUCCACACAAGCUGGAACUUACAUCAAGGAGUUCGUCCACGGGGACUUUGGCCGAACUACUCCAAAUCUGUCCAUUCUGCUGGGAGUGGAAUGUGAUAUCCUAGAACUGGACGUGGAGGCCGUCAAUGUCGAGUGGCCACCUCGGCUGUCUUGAUGACUGCCAGCUACACCUGUGAUAUGAAAGACAUUUCUACAAGUGCUGUGUUACUGCAUCUAGUGUAAUCAUGUUCACAAGAACUCUCCACUUGCAACAUGGAGGGACAAAAUUGGCAUUUCCUUAUAAUAAUCUCAAUCAUGCUGUAUAAAUGAACUGUGACAGAGAUUUGUGUUGUCUCCUAUGAACAUUUCAUUGUUGUUCAAAACUCAAAUUGGUGCUUCCAUUUAGUCUGGCUUCCCUAUUUCCUGAAGGGCUCACUGAAAAGGUCUUAUUGUGGGGUUCGGUAAGGACAUAUAACAUGUAUAAGGUUACGUGCUUGAAUAAUGAAAAUUUUGUAUGUGCUUAAUUUUAUUGGAAAAGGGGCGUGUUGAGUUAUGAAUUGUGUGAAAUGUAGUCGAAAAGAUUGCUGCAACAAUUCUGUAAAUGCAAGGGGGCGAUUGGGUAGCCUAGUGGUUAAAGCGUUCGCUCGUCACUCCGAAGACCCAGGUUCUAAUCCGACAUGGGUACAAUGUGUGAAGCCCAUUUCUGGUGUCCCCCGCCGUGAUAUUGCUGGAAUAUUGCUAAAAGCAGCGUAAAACCAAACUCACUCACUGUGAAUGCAAGUAACAAACUAGGAAGACUUUAGGAAGUAUGUAAUCCUUAAAGAUAGCCAUCAAGCAACACCUAAAGGCAGGAAGACCUUAGGUAACAUAUGACCUAAUUGUUACAAUCGAGUUCCCUAUUGUCACACGACUUCAGUGUUAAAACUACAACACAUAGCAAAGCAAAGAUUUAUGGGUAGAGAAAGUCGGACACUGAAAAACAUUCAAUAAUGUAAGCCUUGUUUUGGGCAUUAAACUGUGCUUGAAAUGAUGGCUGCUGUUACAAGGGCAUCAAAUGAAAUCUUGUUCUUGGGGAGUAAAGAAAAAGUGUUUGAGCACUUAUAGGGCUGUGGGAAAAAUUAUUAUUGGGGAUGAGGGCAUGGGUGGCCCAGGUGUCUAAGGCUCGGGUGUUUCAUCGAAGUUGUAAACAUCUAAGACCUGAAAUGCUUUGGGCUUUCCUCCUAUGUUGUGGAAUACUAAGUAAGGAUAAGACAUAUGGAAUACUGUUCAAAGCAACACUCACUCACGUUUAUUGGAGGGAUGGGCUGGAGAUGUUUCCAUAUUAUGUUUAGUUAAGUGAAGAGCUAUCUUUCCAAGUAUUUAAUUAAUUUAAUUUUGUUUUGUUACUGCCCUCCACCAUUACACCAAAAUAGUUCACACAACCGUUCUUCAUGUGUAAGCAGUAACUAUUUGUUUCAUAACAUGUCCCCCCGAAUACAUUGUGUUCUGGGUCUCCGUAGUAGGGACAACUUUUGUGUGCCAAACAACUUUGAUUGAGAAGCAAUGUGUCCAUUAGUAAGUAGGCUCUUUCACCACAGAAAUCAAAAGUUCUGAUUAAAAACAACACACCAGUCGUCAUUAUUGAAAUCAGAACUUCCGACUCCAACAUAUAUAUGACUUUUAUAUACUCUUGAGCAUUGUUGAGAUCCUGGACGGAAAGUUUGAUCAGUUCCAAGGUGUGAUGUGAUCUCAGGGUGACCUUUUGAAGUCGGAUGUGUUUCAAGAUGUUGUGGUAUGAGACAUAUAUAUAUUUUUGUCUAACAGAAUACACUUAGUGAUACACAUUAACAGGGCAAAAGUUGUGGAUGUGAUAACAAAGUAUUCACAGUAAUUUUCUUAUUCAGAAAAUACAGUGAAAUGUCUCCAAACAAAAACAGAAAUUUGCUAAGUCGAUCUAUUGUUUCUAAAUGUGUCAUGCCAAUUCAACAAUGAAAUAAAAUAACUGUUCUUUUAACUGCCCAUCACUAAAAUGUACAUCUUAAAACCACAGAAUGAUGUCAGUAACUGGUGAUGCGUGACUGCUGUUUCCCUAACAAGACACUUGAAUGUAAAUCUUGACAAUUGAGUUCAUAUGUACAUAUCCACUUCCAAGAAUAAAUUCAACACCACUAUGCUUCAUACUUGAUUUAUUCUUUUUCCCAUUUGGUUAAAAAAUUAUUACUACAGAAUGAGGCUUGAACUGUACAUUAUCAAUUUGUCCUAUGUUGCGAUACUGUGAAAUUGUAGGCCAGGUAUUCGGCAGUCGGCAAGCAGGCAGGGACAGGAAAGAAUGGAUACAUCUGGAGUCGGCCUUGAACACAAUAUAUCAACAUUAACACAACACAGGGCCGAGGAGGACCUCGGCAAUAGCACUAUUUCAACAUGGGGAUAACAGUCAAAGGCUGUAUGCCUUUCUUACAAGUCCUGCUUGUAGUGGAUAUUUUCAGCACCGU